CAGGGCAACAUGAACCGCAAGGUAUUGCUGCUGGCGCUGGCGGCGCUUGUAGCGGUCGCCGCGGCCGAGGAGCAGAAGGCGGUGGAGGCGGAGAAGAAGGAGGAGAAGGUGGAGGCGGCGGCCACCGAGGACAAGAAGCAGGAGAAGCGCGGCCUGCACGACCUGGGCUACGGCGGCGGCUACGGCGGCGGCUACGAGCUCGGCGGCAGCUACUCCCACAUCGAGCGCGGCGACUACGAGCACCACCCCGUGCACCAUGAGCACGUCAAGACCGUCACCGUCCACAAGGAGAUUCCCGUCCCAUACCCCGUGACCAUCGAGAAGAAGGUCCCGUACGAGGUCAAGGUGCCCGUCGACAGGCCGUACCACGUGUCCGUCCCCAAGCCCUACCCCGUCACCGUUGAGAAGCCCGUGCCCUACGAGGUCAAGGUCCCCGUGCCCCAGCCCUACCACGUCACCGUCGAGAAGCACGUCCCCUACCCCGUCAAGGUCCCCGUCGACAGGCCGUACCACGUGCCCGUCCCCAAGCCCUACACCGUCGUCGUCGAGAAGAAGGUCCCCUACACCGUGGAGAAGAAGGUCCCCUACGAAGUCAAGGUCCCCAUCGACAAGCCCUACCCCGUGCACGUGCCCGUCGAGAGGCACGUCCCCUACACCGUGGAGAAGAAGGUCCCCUAUGAAGUCAAGGUCCCCGUCGACAGGCCAUACACUGUCCACGUGCCCAAGCCCUACCCCGUCGUCGUCGAGAAGAAGGUCCCCUACACCGUAGAGAAGAAGGUCCCCUACGAAGUCAAGGUCCCCGUCAAGGUGCCCGUGCCCCAGCCCUACCCCGUGGAGGUCGUCAAGCACGUGCCCUACCCCGUGUACCACAAGGAGGAGCACCACGAGUACGGCCACGAGGAGAGCCACGGCCACUACUAGGCCUCUGCAGAGCGGCCUGCAGCGCAGGGAGUGCAGGCUUCGACGGGCACCCGACGCUCCAGCUCACAGGGGCGCCACCUUCUGCCCCGCGGACUGCCAGCGCCGGGCGCCCUGCUAGGGGCGGCCCUCCAGGGCACCGCCCUCCAGGGCAACGCCCCCAGCCCUUCAACUUGUGAUCCUCGUUACCUUCACGUGUCAUCCCCCCUCCUUCCCUCUACCUUCAUCGCCCUCGCCCUGCGUCAUGUCAUCACCUUCUUCACCUCAUCCCCCAUCUCUCUCAUCCCCCUCUUCAUCCAAAUGAGUAAUAUUUAAGUGGAUAAUAUAUAAAUGUAAGUAAAAUAAACGACUGAAACCUCCACAUGAACCAA